UGACCGGAAGUCCCGCCUGCCGAGCCGCAGCUGUUGUUGUUGUGACUGGAACCGUGACAGCGACAGGCCUCGCCGCUCGGCACGAGACCCUGCCCGCCCGCACUCGGGCCUCGCCGCCGCCGGCUCCGCUUCCUGCCCGGCCCGCGCCAUGAAGUGGAUGUUCAAGGAGGACCACGCGCUGGAGCACAGAUGCAUCGAGUCAGCAAAAAUCCGAGCCAAAUACCCUGACCGUGUCCCGGUCAUAGUGGAGAAGGUCUCAGGAUCUCAGAUUGUUGAUAUUGACAAGAGGAAGUACUUAGUUCCAUCUGACAUCACUGUGGCCCAGUUUAUGUGGAUCAUCAGGAAGAGGAUUCAGCUGCCCUCUGAGAAGGCAAUAUUCCUCUUUGUAGAUAAGACUGUCCCACAGUCUAGCUUAACUAUGGGACAACUUUAUGAGAAGGAGAAGGAUGAAGACGGAUUCUUGUAUGUUGCCUACAGUGGAGAGAACACAUUUGGUUUUUGAAUGGUCUUGGCUACUAUACCAUCCUGCUGUGUAUCUUGUAAAUAGCUGAUCAUUUUCUGUUCUGACAUCCACAUAAGUUUCUUCUAUAUACAUGUAUUUGUAACUAGAUUUAUUUCCUAAUGUAUCUAUAGGUCUUGUUUUAUUAGACUGUUAAAUUAUAAAAAAACCUGUGUUUUUUCUCAUGGCUAUGGAUUUGCAGAGCCUCACUCCUUUAGGGGAUACAUUUAAUGGCAUUGAUUAAAUAAUAAAGCAAAGUAGUUGAGCUACUAAAACAUGAAAAGAAUGCACAUUUAUUCUGUUUUAAGGAGUUAAUUUAUGAAAAAUGAAAACAUUAAAUUAGUAUUGGGAACACUGGAUUUGCUAGGUUAUCCUAAGCAGUAGCAAGAUGCUGAUCAUGUUGAAUCGAGAAAGUAUGUUCCUCUUUCUCAAUUAACAAAGUACAAUAAAAAUUCCUACCACAAACAGACAGUGCUGUCAUUUCUUUACCUUCACUUUGGCCGCAGUUAUGUAUCAUUCACUAGAUAGCAUACAACUGCUUACAUUAUUUACUAGACAUUGUACCGCUUCUCAGCAUUUAGGAUGCUGCUGAUGACAGAAGGAAAAAACAAAGAGCUAUCUGACAGUUCUUAAGACCAAAAGAUUCAGCGCUAUUACAUCUAAUCAUGAGGAAAGCCAGGCCAGCACACAGGCUAUAAGCAGAGGAAUAAAUACCAUGGGCUUUGGACUGCAGGACUUAGGUGAAAAAAGCUUAGCAUAUAAGGAAAGGGCAUCUUUAAGAAGGAAUGAUACAAAUACAAAACCAAAUUGCUGGAGAACAGGAAGUAAUAAUUUGUCCAUGAGUUAUGGCCAAGAGAGAAAUAACCGGUAAGGAGUUCAGAUUAAAACUGUUGCAUGAGCAGCUUUAAAAAA